UGUCAGCAGCAGCCUCACAGCUGUUCCCCUGUCUGUGCAUUCUUUUCUAUGUACAACCUCGUGCUUUUCCCUAGCAGCCAUUCAACUCCUACAGUGCAAGUCUCUGCUCUGUCCUAGCCACACUUACUGACAGCAGCAGGCAGGGGGGCAGUUAAGAAAAAAAGGAACCAGCAGAUAAGGAGGGUUUUCUCCCCUUAGCUGUUUUCUCUCUAGGAAGACAGAAGCUGGUUCAGCCUACUCAGCUUGGAAGAAUAUCUUAUGACUGGCAGCUACUUUUAACAGAAGAAUUGAAGACUCUUUGUCUAUUUAAAUCAAGUGUCCCCACCAGUACUGCUGCUUUCUUGGGUGGGUACUUUCUACACUCCCCUGGUGGUGCUGGAGAAGGAGCGCAUGUGAAGGCAGCACCUGUUGGAUCCUGGUGACAUCACCCACACAGUGGGCACCUCUACCUACCUAAGGAUGGAGGAUGAAGCGGUUUUGGACAGGGGGGCUUCAUUUCUGAAGCAUGUAUGUGAUGAAGAGGAGGUAGAAGGCCACCACACUGUCUACAUUGGUGUUCAUGUUCCCAAAAGCUAUAGAAGGAGGAGACGUCACAGGCACAGAACUGGUCACAAAGAUAAGAAAGACAAGGAGAAAUCAUCUGAAAACUACUCAGACCUAGACAAGUCUGAUACUGAGAAUGUUGAUGAGACCAGCUCUAGCGUCCUCAAGCCCCUCAUCUCACCAGCUGCGGAGCGUAUCCGGUUUAUAUUGGGUGAGGAAGAUGACAGCCCUGCACCUCCACAGCUCUUCACAGAGCUGGACGAACUUCUGUCUGUCGAUGGCCAAGAGAUGGAAUGGAAGGAGACAGCAAGGUGGUUAAAAUUUGAAGAAAAGGUGGAACAAGGGGGUGAAAGAUGGAGUAAACCUCAUGUUGCCACGCUGUCCUUGCACAGCUUAUUUGAACUGAGGACUUGCAUUGAAAAAGGGACAGUACUGCUUGACCUAGAGGCAAAUUCACUCCCACAAGUGAUAGAGAAAAUCAUUGACAACCAAAUCGAGAUGGGGUUGUUGAAAGCAGAACUGAAGGACAAAGUGACCUACACAUUGCUCAGGAAGCACCGACACCAGACGAAAAAAUCCAACCUGCGCUCCUUGGCCGAUAUAGGAAAAACUGUCUCCAGUGCAAGUAGGAUGUUUACUGGUCCUGAUAAUGGAGUGAGAGAGGAGGGCCUGAUGAAAAACUCAUUCCUCUCAGCCCGCAGUCCUCUAGAGACUUCUGUGCCCUGUCUAGCAACCCGCAUGUCGGACGAUGAUCUCCGAGUGCGGCGCAGCCCCAGCAUGGGAUUGCUCAGCAGUCCAACAAUGGCCCCUAGAAACUUGACAUCUUCCAGCCUAAACGAUAUCUCUGACAAGCCUGACAAAGACCAGCUAAAGAACAAAUUCAUGAAAAAGAUACCAAGAGACGCAGAAGCAUCCAAUGUACUUGUAGGGGAGGUGGAUUUUCUGGAAACCCCUUUUAUUGCUUUUGUCAGGUUGCAACAGGCAGUUAUGUUUGGUGCCCUGACAGAAGUUCCUGUACCUACCAGGUUCCUCUUUAUCCUGUUGGGCCCAAAGGGAAAAGCCAAGUCAUACCAUGAAAUUGGAAGAAGCAUUGCUACCUUAAUGUCUGAUGAGGUUUUCCAUGAUAUUGCCUACAAAGCAAAAGACAGACAGGACUUGAUUGCUGGAAUUGAUGAGUUUCUUGAUGAAGUCAUUGUACUUCCACCUGGUGAAUGGGACCCUGCAAUACGGAUAGAACCACCCAAGACUCUUCCAUCUUCUGAUAAAAGGAAAAACAUGUAUGCAGGUGGGGAAAAUGUGCAAAUGAAUGGAGACACACUUCAUGAUGAAGGUCACGGAGGAGGUGGACAUGGGGAUUCUCCAGAGCUAAGAAGAACUGGUCGGUUUUGUGGAGGACUGGUGGAGGAUUUAAAGAGAAAAGCUCCGUAUUUUACUAGUGACUUUUACGAUGCAUUGAGUAUCCAGUCUCUUUCUGCCAUGCUCUUUAUUUACUUGGGAACAGUAACUAAUGCCAUCACCUUCGGAGGUCUUCUUGGAGAUGCUACAGAUAAUAUGCAGGGUGUCUUGGAAAGCUUUUUGGGCACAGCAAUCUCAGGUGCUGUGUUCUGCCUUUUUGCUGGUCAGCCUCUUAUUAUUCUAAGCAGCACUGGUCCUGUCUUGGUUUUUGAGAGACUUUUGUUUAACUUCAGCAGAGAUAACGAAUUUGAUUAUUUGGAGUUUCGAUUGUGGAUUGGCCUGUGGUCUGCUUUCCUAUGUCUUGUGCUGGUUGCCACCGACGCUAGCUCACUAGUCAAGUACUUCACUCGCUUUACAGAAGAAGGAUUUGCUUGCCUCAUCAGCUUCAUUUUCAUAUAUGAUGCUUUCAAAAAGAUGAUCAAGUUUGCUGACUAUUACCCAAUCAAUACUCAUUUCAAAGUCGGAGACGUCACUUUGUUUGGUUGCACGUGUCUUCCACCAGACCCAACAAACAUUUCAUUGUUUAAUGGGACAACAGAAUCACCAUUAGAUUUCUUCUCUACCACCAUGGAAAUGGAUAUGGAUCACAAUACCACUAUAAAUUGGUCAUCUCUUACCAAGAAGGAAUGUUUGAAGUAUGGUGGUAACCUUGUUGGAAACAACUGUAAAUACAUUCCAGAUAUAACAUUAAUGUCCUUUAUCCUGUUCUUUGGUACAUAUACAUGCUCAAUGGCUCUAAAGAAGUUCAAAACCAGUCGCUAUUUUCCCACCACGGCACGGAAGCUGAUCAGUGACUUUGCCAUCAUACUGUCCAUCCUAAUUUUCUGCGGAAUAGAUGCACUUGUUGGAGUAGACACCCCAAAACUUAUUGUGCCCAGCGAGUUUAAGCCCACAAGUCCUCACAGAGGCUGGUUUGUCCCACCAUUUGGAGGAAAUCCCUGGUGGGUAUACCUUGCUGCAAGUCUUCCUGCUCUUCUUGUGACUAUUUUGAUCUUCAUGGACCAACAGAUCACAGCUGUCAUUGUCAACAGAAAUGAAAACAAACUCAAGAAAGGAGCUGGCUAUCACUUGGACUUGUUUUGGGUGGCUGUUUUGAUGAUUGUUUGCUCCUUCAUGGCUCUUCCCUGGUAUGUGGCUGCUACUGUCAUCUCCAUUGCUCACAUUGACAGCUUGAAAAUGGAAACGGAAACAUCAGCCCCAGGAGAACAACCAAAGUUUUUGGGUGUCAGGGAACAAAGAGUUACAGGAGUCAUGGUGUUCCUUUUGACUGGUGUGUCUGUCUUCAUGGCACCUAUCCUAAAGUUCAUCCCUAUGCCUGUGCUGUAUGGAGUCUUCCUGUAUAUGGGAGUGGCAUCUCUAAAUGGAGUUCAGUUCAUGGACCGUCUCAAGCUGCUUUUGAUGCCUGCAAAACAUCAGCCAGAUUUCAUCUACCUACGCCAUGUUCCUCUCCGCCGGGUACAUCUCUUCACAUUCAUUCAGAUCUUAUGCCUGGCACUGCUCUGGAUACUCAAAUCAACUGUGGCUGCUAUAAUAUUCCCAGUUAUGAUCCUUGCACUUGUGGCAGUGAGAAAGGCCAUGGAUUACCUGUUUUCCCAACAUGACCUCAGUUUCCUUGAUGAUGUUAUCCCUGAGAAGGACAAGAAGAAAAAGGAAGAUGAUAAAAAAAAGAAGAAAAAGAAAGGAAGCGUGGACAGUGACAAUGAAGAUUCUGACACUCCUUAUUCAGAAAAAGUACCAAGUAUUAAAAUUCCUAUGGACAUCAUGGAAAAGGAACCAUUCCUAAGUGAUAGCAAACCUAGUGACAGCGAAAAACCUUUUACAUUCCUUGAGCGACACACGUCAUGCUGAAAGAAUACCUUUCCUUCAGUCACAUAUGCCAAGCCCACCAAGUACUCCAAUACGAAUAGUGCCUCAAAUUAGAAUAGAGAUCGAGCCAGAUGAUGACUCUUAUUUCUGGAGGAGCCGGGGAACAGAAACAACUUUAUAAAGCUGUGAACCAUAGCCUGCAAUUUUUUUUUUUUUUUUGGUUUUUCACAGUUUUUUGGUCACUAGCCAAAUAUGAAUUCAUCUUUGCACUUUUCACAAAUAAUGUGGAAAGCUUCUGCCUAUAGCAUUUUGUAAAUAUUCUGCGCUUCCUUCGUUUUGUUAAACAAUGAUCUUAACCAAUCUCACCACUUUCAUCUCUUCUGUAAAUGCUUUUUAUCUUUUUUUCAUUUUACUGAAACUAAAGCACACCAUUUUAUGUUUAUGCUUAAAGUUAGGAGCGGAGUAACUAUGCAGAUCUUUGUAAGAGUCCCACAUGCCAUCCUGUAUAAAUGCAUGUUCGGACUCUGUCUAUAAAAUAAAUAUAGAUACACAGCUUCAUGCAUUGCCAUAUAAUAAAUGUCCAAUGUCUUUGUAUCUUCUUUGAAAUACUUUUUGGUACUUUGUAUAAAAUGAAGCAAAAUAUUUAAUACCUUCUAGAUUUUGUCUUUAAAUUAUGGGGCCUAACACUGAACAUAUAUUAUAAUAAUUUGUCUUUUUUUUUUUUUUAAAGAAACUUUUUUAAUGACUGUAAAGAAAAUGAAUUUUUUUUCCUGCAGCAGGAAAUUUAUAGUUUGAAGUAGUUCUACCUCUUAUAUGUAGGAGCUGGGCUUUUAUUUUUCUGUAUGAAUGUUUUGUGUACAAUGUGAUUAUAACAUAUCUUGAUCUCCAUAUUAAGCAAGUGAUUAAAUGCUUGAAAAGUUUUGUAUUUGAACUAAUCAGUCGACUCGAUUAAUUUUAAUAGACCUUGAGGGAGGCAGCACUAAUGUAUAAUCCAUUAUUUUGUGGGUUCCAAAAGUAUUUUUCACUGUAUGUAGGCAAUAAAUGGUAAUACUGACUGGUAAUAGGGAUCAACAAAGAAAUCAUUGUUAAUCGUAUUGAAUGGGUAAUUUUAUUUGCAGUAUUGACACAGUUUCACUAAUAAAAGUUUGUGUUUUAUUGAUAUGCAUUAAUUAUGUAUAUAUGUGUGAGAAACAGAAUUUAGAGAUCAUCCAAGAAUAAUGGAAUUCUGAUUCUAAUGCCUAAUUCAAAACCCUUCUGCUGCGGCUAAUAAUAUACCGUGAAUAUUUCCUUCCUGAAGUUAUUUUAUUGUCCUGCAAAAUGUAGGAGAAGAGGAGUUUUAUAGUCAACAGCACCACAUAGCAUUUAGUAAUGGCAUCCAAGGAUGCUUAAUCUAUUUGAUUGAGAAAUCCUUCCACCAAGGGUUUAGGAUCAAGAGCAGAUCUUGUCUUUUGGGGCCCAUUGUUUGCAUAAUUAGCUUAGAUAUCUAAAACCAAAUUGCAGUACCUCACUUACUGACUAAUCAAGGUGCCCACCAGGGUAGGCGACAAGGGCAAGGAUGUUAAGGAUCAAUUUUACGUAACCAGACAUCUUAUGGUAUAAAAUAUGCCUAUAUAUUUCAUUCAGUUCUUCUGUGAAGCCCAUUCUCUAAUAUGAUUAUCCAACUUAGGGAUUCAGUUUUUAUAUCACUGAGUUUUUAUAUCACUGUCAACUAGUUAGGGUUUCCUUGAGGUUUUGUAAAUAUACACUUGAGAUGCAAACUGGAUUUAAGUCACCUGGUCCCAAGAGAGCACUGAAGGAUUAUUAUAAAAAGCCUGACAAAUAUAGAAAUAGGACACAUUUUGUCCGGUUUACCCGUCAAUGGAAAUAUUAUUAACCUAUAGAAUCUACAAUUAGUGCUACUUCAUUUGCUCAGACAACAAUAAUAUCUAGGGUUUCCCUUUUUUAAUUGAACACACACCUAUUAUAUGCAUGUACAAGGGUUGUAAGAAACUACCUUGACAUCAAUAUUUUUUAUAAGUCUUCCAGUUUGAAAUCAUGUUUCAUUUACUUGAACUGUAUUAACUGCUGACAUGUGUGUGUAAUGUAUUAUUACAUGAAAUGCAAGGAGUGCUGCAAUGUUUGGGUGUAGGUAUGGGACAAAGCUUGUGACUAACAUCCUUUGAUAUGUGACACCUUACUGAAAAGGAUCAUUUUCUUAGCACUAAUACAAGGAUGAGCAUUUUGCUGUUUGCCAGGUACAUAAAAGUUCCAACUCUAGCAUCUCUGAGUUGCUCAAAAAUUAAUUCUGGAAACAUCAGCUCCACAAUAUCUGGAGAGUUGAAGGUUUCUAUGGCUGCACAGUUAUUUCAUCUCCGAGCAUGAUAAGCUUGAAAAUUAAAUAAAAGUAUGUAAUAUCUUAUUAUAAGGCCUCCUUAAACCCUGUUAUACAAACAUGUGAACCAUGCUAAGAUACCAAAUAUAUGAAAACUAGAGGUAGAACAUAAAUCAUUCCCAGAUGCUAAAAAACACAUACAGGUAUGGGACGUGUUAUCUAGAAUGCUCUGGGCCUGGGGUUUUCAGGAUAAGGGGUGUUUACGUGAAUGAUAUAAAAAUCAUUUAAACUUUACUAAAAAUCAUUUAAACAUUAAUUAAACCCAGCAAGAUUGUUUUGCUCCAAUAAGGGUUAAUUAUACAUCAGUUGGGAUGAAGUUAAAGGUGCUUUUUUAAUAUCACAGACACAAAUAAAUCAAUUUUAAACAUUUUAAUUAUUUGAUUUAUAUGGAGUCUAUGGGAGAUGGCCUUGUAAUUUGUAGCUUUCUGGAUAAUGCAUAUGUCUUCUGUUAGAGACAGUCUGCAAUUCUGUCUCUAAAUGUUACAAAUGUUCUUUCACUGACAUAAUUACAUUUUUUGCUAACUAGGACCUCUUCUCACAGGCACAUUUCAAUACCAGAAAAAUCAGUUGCUACUUAGAAAUCUAGGCCUGGAUUUUGCAGCAACAGAAAAUAUGUUUUCUACCACGUUGUGUAUCUUCCAAAAAAUCAGACAUCUUAUUUCCUUAGGGCUAGGGCAUUUUCCGUGAGCCAUUUUAAGAGCUAUAAACACCUUUGUCCCAUACCUAUACUGAUUAUUUAGUGUUAACACAACUGCUGUAAUUUAUAGUCAAUGACAUGGCUACUGUAAGAACUAUUUUUUUUUUUUCUGGGGCAAGGUUGGGGAGAGAUCAGCACUUUCUGGUAAAAAACAAACACAUAUCCUCCGGUGUUAGAGAGGUCCAUAAAUAAUUGCCACUUAAUCUGUUUUGGGCAACUCUGUCACAUAAGGGGUUAAGCAACAUAUUUGUCCUUUAUUGGACAUAAAGUUUUAUUUUGUAUUUAAUUUUAUUAAAUAAAGAAUGAUCAAAUACAUAGAAGGAAGCAGCAGAAACAGACUGUAGUGAUUUUUUUUCCUAUAACAACGAGAACUAAUUAUGUCUAUUUAGUAUAUUGCUAUUUUAUGAAACUUUCUAAUGUGACUUUUAUGGAAUCAAAAGAAUGAAGAAAUUGAUAUUUUAGCAUUUAUAUUUUUUGAAAUUAAAUGUACAUUGAAAAUAAAGUAACUUUAUGAAA